AUGGCUGAGCCAGAUCCGCCCAGUCCCAAAGUAGCCCCCCCGCCCCCGCCUCCUCCCCCAGGGGGGGGACCUCCCCCUCCUCCUCCGCCUCCCCCUCCCCCACCCCCUCCCCCAGGCGGAGGCGCUCCUCCCCCUCCCCCUCCACCCCCUCCCCCACCCCCUCCCCCAGGUGGGGGUCCUCCCCCGCCCCCUCCCCCGCCUCCUCCCCCACCCCCUCCCCCAGGAGGGGGUCCUCCCCCGCCCCCUCCCCCGCCUCCUCCCCCGCCCCCUCCUCCAGGGGGUGCCCCUCCUCCUCCUCCCCCUCCUCCCCUUCCGCCAGGGGGGCGGGCCCCCCGCCUCCUCCGCCCCCUCCACCUCCUCCCCCAGGUGGGGGACCUCCCCCUCCCCCUCCACCUCCCCCUCCCCCUGGCGGGGGCCCUCCCCCACCUCCCCCCCCCCCACCUCCUCCCCCAGGUGGUGGCCCUCCCCCUCCUCCCCCCCCACCCCCUCCCCCAGGCGGGGGCCCUCCCCCGCCUCCCCCUCCCCCUGGCGGGCCCAGAGGACCUCCCCCUCCCCCUCCCCCUCCUGGCGGGCCCAGAGGCCCCCCACCCCCUCCCCCUCCCCCUGGGGGGGAAAGGGUCCCCCCCCCCCCCCCCCUCCCCCAGGGGGCAAGGGCGGACCACCUCCCCCUCCCCCGCCCCCAGGGGGAAAAGGCCCUCCAGGCCCUCCCCCUCCCCCCGGAUUGAAGGGCCCCCCUCCUCCCCCCGGGUUCAAGGGGAAGGGUCCCCCUCCCCCCCCCGGGUUCAAGGGGAAGGGUCCCCCGGGGCCCCUCCCCCCGGGGGUGACGCGAGUGGUGGAGGGAAACAUGUGGGCGGAGGUGCAGAAGGAGGAGCAGGUCGCUGCUACCCCCAAGUGAGUGCUUCCCUCCUCUCUCUUCCCUCCUCUCUCUUUCCUCCUCUCUCUUUCCUCCUCUCACUCUCCUCCUUUCUUGAGACGUCUCAAAGGAAGGUGACUCGAGUGGUGGAGCGGAGGGGAACAUGUGGGCUGAAGUGCAGAAGGAGGAGCAGGUCGCUGCCACCCCCAAUUGCGUACCUCCCUCCUCUCUCUUUCUGCGUCUCUUCCUUCUCUACUGCCUCCUGGCUGGACCUGGAGGCGCUAUACCCAGAGCUGGAGGAUCUGUUUUCUGCCGCCCCUCCCCCCAAGAAGAAAGACACCGGGCCCAAGAAGGAGGCCAAGCCGCAAGCACUCUCUCUUCACCCUAUUCUUGUGCCUCCCUUGUGUGCUCGUCUCUCUGCUGUGUGUGCUUCAGUUCAAACCCACUUGAAGGGUGCGGUCGACAGUCCUUUCUUUUCUAGUCAACACAACUUCUUCGUUGCAGCUCUUGUUCAUACGCCUUUCUGCGCUGGACAGCAAGGUGCUGGACGCGGAGAGGUGGAACGCUCUGCUGAGCCGUCCUCAAACAGCACUCACUCACUGUCUCGUGCCUUCGCUCCCUCCACCUUAUCUCCUCAGGACGCCAUUCUAGCGCUGGACAGCAAGGUGCUGGACGCGGAGAAGGUGGACGCUCUGCUCAAGUUCUGCCCCGCCAAGGAAGAAGCGGAGAUGCUCAAGGUGGAUGCUCUGCUCAAGUUCUGCCCCGCCAAGGAAGAAGCGGAGAUGCUCAAGGUGCGUGGCAGCUGGGUGGGGAGGGAAGGAAAGGGCUGUCUGUGGCAUGCCUCCAAAGAAGCUGGGCAAGGCUGUGGCAUGCCUCCGGAGAAGCUGGGCAAGUGCGAGCAGUUCAUCCUGGAGAUGCUGCGAGCGUCGGCUGUGGCAUGCCCCGGAGAAGCUGGGCAAGGCUGUGGCAUGCCUCCGGAGAAGCUGGGCAAGUGCGAUCAAUUCUUCCUGGAGAUGCUGCGAGCGUCGUAA